AUGCCGCAGCUGGGCCUGUCCUGGCUGGGCCUGGAGCCUGUGGCAGCCUCCCCAUGGCAGCUCCUGCUGCUGGCUGGGGCCUCCUGGCUUCUGUCCCGUGUCCUGGCCUGGGCCUACACCUUCUACAACAACUGCCGCCGCCUCCGAUGUUUCCCAGAGCCCCCGAAACGGAGUUGGUUCUGGGGCCACCUUGGCCUGGUCACCCCCACGGAACAGGGCAUGAGAAUCCUGACUCAGCUGGUGGCCACCUACCCCCUGGGCUUUACCAGAUGGUUGGGUCCCAUCUUCCCCCUCAUCACUUUGUACCACCCAGACACCAUCCAGUGUGUCAUCAACGCCUCAGCUGCUGGUGCACCCAAGAAUAUGACUUCUGGUGGCUUCCUGAAGCCCUGGCUGGGGGAUGGGCUCCUGUUGAGUGCCGGUGACAAGUGGAGACGCCACCGUCGCAUGCUGACGCCUGCCUUCCACUUCAACAUCCUGAAGCCCUACGUGGAGAUUUUCAACAAGAGUGCCAACAUCAUGCACGCCAAGUGGAAGUGCCUGGCCUCGGAGGGCAGUGCCCGCCUGGACAUGUUCGAGCACAUCAGCCUCAUGACCCUGGACAGUCUGCAGAAGUGCGUCUUCAGUUUUGACAGCAACUGUCAGGAGAAACCCAGUGAGUACAUCGCUGCCAUCGUGGAGCUCAGCGCCCUGGUGGCGAAGAGGCACCAGCAGAUCUUCCUGCAGAAGGACUUCCUGUACUACCUCACCCCCGAUGGGCGGCGUUUCCGCAGGGCGUGCCGCCUAGUGCACGACUUCACAGAUGCCGUCAUCCAGGAGCGGCGCCGCACCCUCCCCAGGCAGGGGGUGGAUGGCUCCCUCAAGGCCAAGGCCAAGGCGAAGACUUUGGACUUCAUCGAUGUGCUCCUCCUCGCCAAGGAUGAAGAUGGGAAGGAGCUGUCCGACGAGGACAUAAGAGCAGAGGCGGACACCUUCAUGUUUGGGGGUCAUGACACCACAGCCAGUGGCCUCUCCUGGGUCCUGUACAAUCUCGCGAGGCACCCAGAUUACCAGGAGCGCUGCCGGCAGGAGGUGCGAGAACUCCUGAGGGACCGCAAGCCUAAAGAGAUCGAGUGGGACGACCUGGCCCAGUUGCCCUUCCUGACCAUGUGUAUCAAGGAGAGUCUGCGGCUGCACCCCCCCGUUACAGUCAUCUCCCGAAGCUGUGCCCAGGACGUUGUACUCCCAGAUGGCCGAGUCAUCCCCAAAGGUGUUACCUGCUUCAUCAAUAUUUUUGGGCUCCAUCACAACCCAUCUGUGUGGCCCAACCCAGAGGUCUAUGACCCCUCCCGCUUCAACCCAGAAUACGUCCAGGAGAGGUCCCCGCUGGCUUUUAUUCCCUUCUCAGUGGGGCCCAGGUAA